GAUAUUGUAGGAUUAUCAUGCAUGCACUGUGUUGCGUGAUUUCAGAUCACCCUUCAAUAUUCAUCCCUAAAAACUACUAGUAAAUAUGUAUAUCUCUAAAUAACGUUUACUAUAUAUCGAUCCACAAAAUUUAGUGUGAAGAUGUACAAAAGAAAUAUUUUUAUUUAAAUUUUUGUUGCUAUAUAGGAGUGUAUAAUCAAAUAUCUAAGUAGUGAUAACAGCUCAAUGAUUAUCAACAACAUCAUGAACCUAUUUUAAUACUUGACCAUUGACACAUUCAUAAACUACAUCUACAAGAGACUAACAAACGCAAAAGGUGCCUGUAUAAAAAUAAUGACAUUAAACAAGAAACGAGUUAUUAAUAGAAUUUAUGACUUUCUGUUAGCAAAACUCCAGAUUAUUUUUUUAUUUAAAAAAAAUAAAAUGAGAAAGCAGUGGGUUGAAAAAGCAGAAACCGACAAGCAUAGAGUGAAAAGAAAGCGCGUGAAUAUGGGGAAAAAAUCCCUUUCCAUAAUUCUCUUUUUAGUCGUUGCCAUUUUUCAUCUUCUUCUUCUUCAUAAGUUCACUCUCUCACCAUGUUCUUCUGACGAUGCUCUCAUCAUCACCGUCCUUGAUCUAUUCUCAUAUCAUUCACCACUUCAGUUGUAUUUGAAAGACAGUUUCAAACUCCUGAGAUCUAUUUGUUUCCCCAAGAAAACAGCUUGUUUUCAACUCCUGUCGUGUCUGAAGCCUCUAGUACUUGUUCUUUCCUUUUCUGUCAGCUACAGUUUCCUUAUUGGGAGUUUUUGUCACGACUCACGAAGACCUUAUAGAUCGUUUGAUCGGAACCUAGAAACAUAUCAAAAUGGGUAAAACCGCCGGGAACAGAGACUGGGCUCAGAUCUACGCGAUAUACGGUAUUGAACAAUGGCAGACGCUCGUCUUCCUUCUCUUCCACGCCUUCGUCUUCUCCCUCCUCUCCGUUCUCUUCCUCAUCUACUUCGACCAGAUUUGCUUCUUCCUCGACUCCUUCUUCCUCCCCGGCGCCGCCAGACUAGCCGCAGGGUUCACCGGCGCAGUCACCGCUCUCUCCGCCGUAUGUCUCCUCUUCGCCGCCGCUAAUUUCCUCUACUCCGACGUUCCGCUCCAGUACGAGAUGGCUCAGCGCAUGGUCAGCUCCGUCAGCGACUGGUCUUGCGUCAAAACGGCUCUCGAUCUCGGCUGCGGACGUGGCAUCCUCCUCAAUGCCGUCGCUACUCAGCUCAAGAAAACCGGUAGCUCCGGUCGGGUCGUCGGGUUAGACCGGUCUAAACGCACCACCCUCUCAACUCUCCGCACCGCUAAACUCGAAGGUGUGCAAGAGUACGUGACUUGUCGGGAAGGAGAUGUGAGGACGUUACCUUUUGGGGAUAACUACUUCGACGUUGUUGUCUCAUCGGUGUUCGUGCAUACGGUGGGGAAAGAGCACGGUCAGAAGACGGUUGAGGCUGCGGCGGAGAGGAUGAGAGUUUUGGGGGAGAUAGUGAGAGUAGUUAAGCCUGGAGGCUUGUGCGUGGUGUGGGAUCUCUUACACGUGCCUGAGUACGUGCGGCGACUCCAGGAGUUAAAGAUGGAGGACAUCCGAGUCUCUGAGCGAGUCACGGCGUUUAUGGCUGCAAGCCACAUCGUGUCGUUCCGUAAACCAAGCGAACUCGUCGCCGGACCACGUGAAGUCCGGCUCGAUUGGAGAUGCUGACGUGGAUUUUUAAAACGGCAGUGUCGGUUGGUUUAUAUUAUCAAACGGCACGUAGUACAAGUCGGGAGGUUGGAAACGAUGAUUGUGAUUAUACUGUAUUAUUUUAGUUACGAAUAUUAAAACUUAGAAAUUUAAAUACUGGGGAGGCGAAGCGGAACCAGAUUAGCUUGUUAAUGGCCGCGUUUUGAUAUUUAUUUAUAUACAAACAAUUCUAUUAAUAUAAUCAGAUCUUUAUUAUGGUGCUGAA